CCGGGAGGCUCGGACGGGCUGGGCGGAUUCGACGAGCGCCGCGGCGAUUGGCGAAGGGGACGGAGGGCAACCUCUCCGGUGCGAGGAGCGGUCCCCGCUGACAGAACCCCUUUUUCCGGCCGCGCCACCCGGGAGGCGGAUCCCCGGUGCCCGAGGAGGCUUCCUCCGCCCGCCCGCCCUCCCUCCCUCCUUCUCCCGCGGGUCACCCGAGCGGCCUGUGAGGAGGAGGAGGAGGUCGUCGGGGGCGGCGGCGGCGGACGGAGACCGCACUCCCCCUUCCCCGGCGGCGGCGGCGGGGGCAGGACAAUGGAGGUGGCUGUGGAGAAGGCGGCGACGGCGGCGGCGGCGGUUUCGGCGGCGGCCGCCGGGGGACCCUCGGCAGCGCCGAGCGGGGAGAACGAGGCCGAGAGUCGGCAGGGCCCAGACUCGGAGCGCGGGGGAGAGGCGGCCCGGCUCAACCUGUUGGACACUUGCGCCGUGUGCCACCAGAACAUCCAGAGCCGGGCGCCCAAGCUGCUGCCCUGCCUGCACUCCUUCUGCCAGCGCUGCCUGCCCGCGCCGCAGCGCUACCUCAUGCUGCCGGCGCCCAUGCUGGGCUCGGCCGAGACCCCGCCGCCGCUGCCCGGCCCCGGCUCGCCGGUCAGCGGCUCGUCGCCGUUCGCGACCCAAGUUGGAGUCAUUCGAUGUCCAGUUUGUAGCCAAGAAUGUGCAGAGCGACAUAUCAUAGAUAAUUUUUUUGUGAAGGAUACUACUGAAGUUCCCAGCAGUACAGUAGAAAAGUCUAAUCAGGUGUGUACAAGCUGUGAGGACAAUGCAGAAGCUAAUGGGUUUUGUGUAGAAUGUGUUGAAUGGCUCUGCAAGACAUGCAUCAGAGCUCAUCAAAGGGUGAAGUUCACAAAAGACCACACUGUGAGGCAGAAAGAGGAAGUAUCUCCAGAGGCAGUUGGUGUGACCAGUCAGCGACCAGUGUUUUGUCCUUUUCAUAAGAAGGAGCAGCUAAAGCUUUACUGUGAAACAUGUGACAAACUGACAUGUCGGGACUGCCAGUUAUUAGAACAUAAAGAGCAUAGAUACCAAUUUAUAGAAGAAGCUUUUCAGAAUCAGAAAGUGAUCAUAGAUACACUAAUCACCAAAUUGAUGGAAAAAACAAAAUACAUUAAGUUCACAGGAAAUCAGAUCCAGAACAGGAUAAUUGAAGUAAAUCAAAAUCAAAAGCAGGUGGAACAAGAUAUUAAAGUUGCUAUAUUUACAUUGAUGGUAGAAAUAAAUAAAAAAGGAAAAGCUCUACUGCAUCAGCUUGAGAGCCUUGCAAAGGACCAUCGCAUGAAACUUAUGCAACAACAACAGGAAGUGGCUGGACUUUCUAAACAAUUGGAACAUGUCAUGCAUUUUUCUAAAUGGGCAGUUUCCAGUGGUAGCAGUACAGCACUACUUUAUAGCAAGCGACUGAUUACAUACCGGUUACGGCACCUCCUUCGAGCAAGGUGUGAUGCUUCCCCAGUGACCAACAAUACCAUCCAAUUUCACUGUGAUCCUAGUUUCUGGGCUCAAAAUAUUAUCAAUUUAGGUUCUUUAGUAAUUGAAGAUAAAGAGAGUCAACCACAAAUGCCUAAGCAGAAUCCUGUCAUGGAACAGAAUUCACAGCCACAAGGUGGUUUAUCUUCAAACCAGUUAUCCAAGUUUCCAACACAGAUCAGCCUAGCUCAGUUACGACUCCAGCAUAUGCAGCAACAGCAACCCCCUCCACGUUUGAUAAAUUUUCAAAAUCAUAGCCCCAAACCCAAUGGACCCGUUCUUCCUCCUCAUCCUCAACAGCUGAGAUAUCCACCAACCCAGAAUAUGCCACGACAAGCAAUAAAGCCCAACCCCCUACAAAUGGCUUUCUUGGCUCAACAAGCCAUAAAACAGUGGCAGAUCAGCAGUGGGCAGGCUCCCCCAUCAACUGCCAAUAGCACGUCCUCUACUCCCUCCAGUCCCACCAUUACUAGUGCAGCAGGAUAUGAAGGAAAGGCCUUUGGUUCACCUAUGAUUGAUUUGAGCUCACCAGUGGGAGGUUCUUAUAAUCUUCCUUCUCUUCCAGAUAUUGACUGUUCAAGUACAAUUAUGCUGGACAAUAUUGUGAGGAAAGAUACUAGCUUAGAUCAUGGCCAGCCAAGACCACCCUCGAACAGAACCGUCCAGUCACCAAAUUCCUCAGUGCCAUCUCCAGGCCUUAUAGGACCUGUUACUAUGACUAGUGUACACCCACCGAUACGUUCACCGAGUGCCUCCAGCGUUGGGAGUCGAGGAAGCUCUGGCUCUUCUAGCAAACCAGCAGGAGCUGAUUCUACACACAAAGUCCCAGUGGUCAUGUUGGAGCCAAUCCGAAUAAAACAAGAAAAUAGUGGACCACCUGAAAAUUAUGAUUUUCCUGUUGUUAUAGUGAAACAGGAAUCAGAUGAAGAAUCUAGACCUCAAAAUACCAACUAUCCAAGAAGCAUACUCACCUCCCUCCUCUUAAAUAGUAGUCAGAGCUCUGCUUCUGAGGAGUCUGUGCUAAGAUCAGAUGCCCCUGAUAGCACAGGAGAUCAACCUGCACUUCACCAGGAAAAUUCCUCAAAUGGAAAGUCUGAGUGGCCGGAUGCCUCCCAGAAGUCACCCCUUCAUGUUGGAGAGACAAGGAAAGAGGAUGACCCCAAUGAGGACUGGUGUGCAGUUUGUCAGAAUGGAGGGGAACUCCUGUGUUGUGAGAAGUGUCCCAAAGUAUUCCAUCUUUCUUGUCAUGUGCCCACAUUGGCAAAUUUUCCAAGUGGAGAGUGGAUUUGCACUUUCUGUCGAGACUUAUCUAAACCAGAAGUUGAAUAUGAUUGUGAUGCUCCGAGUCACAACUCAGAAAAAAAGAAAACUGAAAGCCUGGGUAAAUUAACACCAAUCGAUAAAAGGAAGUGUGAACGCCUACUUUUAUUUCUUUAUUGCCAUGAAAUGAGCCUGGCUUUUCAAGACCCAGUUCCUCUAACUGUGCCUGAUUAUUACAAAAUAAUUAAAAAUCCAAUGGACUUGUCGACUAUCAAGAAAAGACUACAAGAAGAUUAUUUCAUGUAUACAAAGCCUGAAGAUUUUGUAGCUGAUUUUAGAUUGAUCUUUCAAAACUGUGCUGAAUUCAAUGAGCCUGAUUCAGAAGUAGCCAAUGCUGGUAUAAAACUUGAAAGCUAUUUUGAAGAACUUCUAAAGAACCUUUAUCCAGAAAAACGGUUUCCUAAACUUGAAUUCAGGAAUGAGUCAGAAGAUCAUAAAUUCAGCGAUGAUUCGGAUGAUGACUUUGUACAGCCCCGGAAGAAGCGCCUCAAAAGCACAGAGGAACGCCAGUUGCUUAAAUAGCAGCAGCAUCGGCGUGUGCUGUUUUUAGAAUUUUUGUUUGUUUUCAAAAAUUAUUUUAUCAAUAAUUUAACAUCAUUACAAAGAAGAAUUUGUGACCACUCUGAUCUAUAAGCUGUUUAUGUUUACUAGACCUUGAUUUUCUUAAUAACCCAUUUCUUUUAACCUUCUCAUUAAGAAAGUAAAAAAAAGAGGAAGGGAGGGAGGGUGGGAGGAAGGUGAAAGAAAAGAAGAAAGAAGCAUCAGCAACAAAAUAAAAAGACAUUGUUCCUACUUUCUGGAUUUCAAAACUGUAAUCUGGAACAAUAGCUACUAUAGAAAGGAAAUAGACUUUGUUGAAAUUUUAAUGUGGUUUGGAUGUGUGCAUUAAUUCAUUCUUAGAAAAUACCACUACCCAUUAAUUGUGGCCCAACCAUGAGUUAGGUGUAUUGUCCUUAAGAACAGUACAAAUUAAGAACAGUUGGGCCAUAAUUAAUGAACAUGGAUGGUAAUAAGAGUUCUAUCCUAGGAUGCUGACUGGUGAAACAAAAAAGUAGAUUAGAUACUAUUAAGAAGGCACCUAAUAGUAUAUCAUGUAAGAUGGCAACUGUAUUAAAGAAAAAGCAGGAAAACAAAUGUUUGAUUUUUUUAUUUUUGUUUUUUCUUGGCUAUAGACAUGUUUGGUAUAGCAAAUUUUCAAGGCCAUUUUUCAUUUCUUAAUUGAACUUUCACUGAGUAAAUAAGUGAAUGCAAUUUGGUUUUGCUGUAUGUGUGGGGGGGGUUUUAUUGUUCAUUUUAACUGUGCAGGUAAUCCUUUUAUAACAAAACAUUGUUUGCGGUAUGGCUUUUAGUGGAACACCCAGAAAAUGAAAUACAGCUGUGUGCCGUAUUGGGUGUGAGGAUUUUUAAAAAAUAUACCCUAUUGAGAGCUAAAUAGAAGUUCCCUUGAAAGGGGCUAGUUUUUGUUAUUUUCAUCUGUCUUUGUAAUUUGGAAUGGAAAUAUAUUGUGGAAUUUGGAGGCAGGCAGUUGGAGGAAAUUAUAGUGAAGUUUUAAUUUUUUCUAAAGCAUCUAUUUCCUAUUUUAAAGAGUAAGAUCCUCAAAUUGAAUCUUUGAUCUCGCUAAAUUCUGAAUUUCAUUUGUAUUCUUAUAUCAAGAUACAAAAGACAUUUUCUUAGGGCAAGCAUGUUCUUAAUGGGCCAGACCUAGCUAGUUUAGCUGACAUUCAUGUAUUCCUUAUUAUUCAGUGUCCAAGAAGAAAAUUAGAUUCAGAUAGAAGAAAAUUGCUGUGCCAUUUGCUAAUAUAACAUUUGACAAAAUAUUUACACACAAAUUUUUUUAGUUUGCCAAAGUAAACCUUUAUUUUUAAAACACUAAUUGGCUGAGGACAUUUUUCUCUUUAGGCUGAUAGAAGAAAAAUAUGACUGAUUUGAAAGAAUUGUUACUCUUUGAAUGGUCUCAUCUUCCAUGAAUUAAGCCUCUUAUCCACAAAGCAUUAUUUCUUAAAACGGACAAUUUGAAAAUAUUCUGUGGCCGAUUCACUGGGUUUUCAGAUAUUGUUGGUAAAGAUAAAAUAUGAGAAAAGAACUUACUAACAAUAAGUGUCUCACUUUCUAUGUAGAUUUAGGCCUUGUCCCUAGUGAAAAUUAUGUGGUAAUGUUUAAAAGGUCUUAAUCAUUUUUCAGAUUUGUAUUCAGGUUAAUUGUGGUGAUGGUGGUAUUCUUUUGAAUAUGCAUUUGACUUUAUUCUCCAAAGGCUGAACAACACAGAUACAUUUUGAGAAGGAUCACAAAGGGAAGUAGCACUAAAGAGAAAAUACAUUUAAUUUUCUAACGGCAUCCAAGCCAGAAUGUCUAACUAAUGUACCCAAAACUUUUACUCAUAUAUUCAGUGCCAUAUUAAUCUUUUGAAACAGUAUUUAAAAGUAAGUGUUUUUCUCUCCAAAUAGCCUUCAGUGACAGUCUUUGUGAUUAAAGUCCUGUGACCGUAUUAACAAGCACCUAUAUGCUCAGGUGGAUCCCAGAUAAGUAAUCCUUAAAUUCUAAUAGACAGUUAUAAGAAAAUUCUAACUUAUAUAUACACCCCAUGCUCAUUUAGAGAGCAUCCUCCCAAAAAUUUAGUGCAUUUUAAGCAACCUUGACCAAAUAUUACAACACUCCAAUGUUUAUCUCUGAUCAAAAACUCCAGGACAUUUUCCUCUGGAUUUGGAACCAAAAGCCCAGUGUCAUAGCUGCAAGACCAAUACUGAAUGUGAUCACGUGAUCACAGCUUUAGCGGGGCUUAUAAAUGAGUCGAGCACAUGGGAGCUAGGAUUUACUCAAUUCUAACUCAUUGAACGCUUUCCAGGUGCCAAGCAUCUGAUCUUUCCAGCAAUAAGGAAACCCAAGUACACAGUGACUUACAUGGCUAUGGCACAAGUAUAAAUGGGCUGAAAUAUAACAUAUUAAGUUCAAAAUGUAUUUGUACAUCAUCAUGUGACUGCAAUUAUUUUGUCCUUUGAAUUAACAGGCCCUGCUUAUAUCCAGAAUGGAGGGGUAGGAAAUUGGGAAGUGCUAAGAGGGAGUGUCCUCUUGCCUUGAUAGUUUUAACUUUCUUUUCCAAGCUAAAGAAGAGGCUCCACAUUUUACUACAACUAGUAGUGCGGUUGUAACAUAACUUGGGAAUGCUUUCAGAAAGUUUCAUUCCAGAGGCAAAAAGGUGAGUAUACAGACCUUUGCUCUAUUUAUGAAUUUGCAUUUCAAAGUCCUAUGAUGUUGCAAUGCUUAAACUUUUAAAUUUGGGUUUCAUGGAGAGACUCUAGUGUUGGACAAUGAAAGAAGGAACUCCUCCUUUUGCUGAACCCUGAUCCACAAAUAAUGUGAAUCCCCAAAAUAAGUUGCUUCCUGUGAACGACAACUUUUUAGGUUUAAACUGAAGAUGUACUCAUUUUCUGUUUAUCUGUAUUUGUUAUGAAUGAGAGAAGUCAAGUGAUCUGAUUAGCCAUUAAAAUUAAGGACAUGACCAUGAGUUCAGCUAUCUAAUUUCUUAUUGAAAUAGAGCACCUCCUUUUAAAUAAUCAUGU